AGGCAGCACUAUGCGGAAGGAAGGUUGCUCGGCGCCAUAUUUAAUACAUCAGAAGCUAGUUAGCAUUAGCUGUUUACAAGCCCAAACUUUGAAGUUGAGACUUAAAAACGUAAAGCGCGCCUUCAACUUCAGCCCAAAUGAAUGUCAUAGAUCACGUACGGGACAUGGCCGCCGCUGGCCUUCACUCCAACGUCCGGAUAUUGAGCAGUUUGUUGCUGACGAUGAGUAAUAACAAUCCAGAGCUGUUCUCGCCGGCCCAGAAGUACCAGUUGUUGGUUUACCAUGCUGAUGCCAUCUUCCAUGAUAAGGAGUAUCGUAACGCUGCCUGCAAAUACAGCAUGGCACUGCAACAGAAGAAGGUGCUCAGCAAAACAUCUAAAGUCCGUACCUCUACUGGUGGAGCCGCAUCGAACAUACAGGCACAGAGUUUGCCAUCAGAAAUUGAGGUAAAAUACAAGAUAGCGGAAUGCUACACCAUUCUGAAACUGGAUAAAGACGCCAUCGCAGUGCUCGAUGGGAUUCCAUCCAGACAGAGGACUCCAAAGAUCAACAUGAUGCUAGCUAACCUGUACAGGAAAGCUGGUCAGGAGCGCUCUGCAGUGACAAGCUACAAAGAGGUCCUCAGACAGUGUCCCCUCGCCCUGGAUGCAAUCAUUGGUCUUCUCUCUUUAUCAGUCAAAGGAGCUGAAGUGGCGUCCAUGACGAUGGAUGUGAUCCAGAGUAUCCCCAACCUGGACUGGCUCUCUGUUUGGGUCAAAGCGUAUGCCUUCAUACACGCAGGAGACAAUCAAAGAGCCAUCAACACUAUUUGCUCUCUUGAGAAGAAGUCUCUGUUGCGGGACAACGUUGACCUGCUGGUGAGCCUGGCAGAUGUCUACUUCAGGGCAGGUGACACCAAGAACGCCAUCCUCAAAUUUGAGCAAGCCCAGAUGCUGGAUCCAUACCUCAUCAAAGGAAUGGAUGUGUAUGGAUACCUGAUGGCCCGCGAAGGACACUUGGAGGACGUUGAAGUCCUGGGAGGACGAUUAUUUAAUAUCUCAGACCAGCAUGCAGAACCCUGGGUGAUCUCUGGUUGUCACAGCUUCUACAGCAAGCGUUACUCCAGAGCUCUGUACCUCGGAGCCAAGGCCAUCCAGCUGAACAGCAACAGCGUGCAGGCUCUCCUCCUGAAGGGGGCAGCACUAAGAAACAUGGGUCGUGUUCAAGAAGCCAUUAUCCAUUUCAGAGAGGCUAUGCGCUUGGCGCCCUGCCGACUCGACUGCUACGAAGGUUUGAUCGACUGUUACCUGGCAUCCAAUGGGAUUCGAGAGGCUAUGGGAAUGGCCAAUAACAUCUAUAAGACUCUGGGGGCCAACGCGCAGACUCUGACCAUACUCGCCACAGUGUGCCUGGAAGACCCCGUUACUCAGGAGAAAGCCAAAACUCUGCUGGACAAAGCACUCGCCCAGAGGCCGGACUACACCAAGGCUGUGGUCAAAAAGGCAGAACUGCUCAGUCGAGAACAGAAAUACGAAGAAGGGAUCGCUCUCCUCCGUAAUGCCCUGGCCAAUCAGAGUGACUGCGUCCUGCACAGAAUGCUGGGAGAUUUCCUGGUGGCCGUCAAUGAUUACCAAGAAGCCAUGGAUCAGUACAGCAUAGCCUUAAGUCUCGACCCCAACGACCAGAAGUCUUUAGAAGGCAUGCAGAAGAUGGAGAAGGAGGAGAGUCCCACAGACGCCACGGUGGAACUGGACGGAGACGACAUGGAGGGCAGCGGGGAGGACGGAGAUCUGGAGGGCAGCGACAGCGAAGCAGCUCAGUGGGCUGAUCAGGAACAGUGGUUUGGUAUGCAGUGACCCCGGCCACUGAAGGAUACACAGUCCGUUCCACCUGCUGACACACCACAGCCUGUCAGAACCUUUUAAACAAACAUUCUGACAACCUUUGAGCCACUUCACUGUGGAGUUUGCUCGUCUAUACAGCGCUCCAAUCCAGUCUUAGAGAAAAUCAACACAUUGAUUACUCAAUGUUUGUAAAAAAGAAAAAAAAAGUAAUAACUCUGCUUUGGCUAUCCCUUUAACACUUGUUUCAUCUGUGGCUCCCUGAAUAAACACACUGCUGUCCCAGGUAAUGCAAAGUAUAUAUAUUUAACCAUUCAGAGUUUGGAUGGUUAAAUAUAUUUAAUGCGACAUGAGCAUCAGUGUAUUUAAAAAAAAAAAAAAAAACCUGCUGUGGGUGCUUUGAGGUGGAGUUGUUCCCAGGCGAGAUGCAUGCUGGGAAAAGCAGACUGGCUGGAGUUAUCCUUCAUGUGUCACCGACAAAAUAUUAGGUGUGUCUUUGAGCCUGACCGAGGCGCUUGUUGGUGUGUGACCAGCAAACAGGGGGAAGUGUGAAAAGUGACUGUACUAUAUUUCCGCUGCUCUUAACACGAGAAUGUGUCUUGUAACGUACAUGUUUAUCAUUUGUGUCGUCUGCCUUUCUGUGUGAAAAAAUAACCCUACGAUUGACUCACUCUUAAGUUGGGAAGUGUUACAUAACCAUUUCAAGUGUCAAGCAAAUGUUUAUAGUAUUUUGUACAUAUUUUUAAAGUGUAUAAUAAAAUGAAUAAACACUCUCACUUGA